CGCGCAUGCGCGGUUAGAAGGAAACGGCUGAGGUUCAUUUCAUGCUAUGUGUGGUCGACUUCGUACCGAUCAGAGUGAGAGAGCGAGGGACAGAGAGUAAGGAAAAGGGAGUUUAGGAUUCACGCUUUGGGUCAGCCAACUGAACGUAUUGCUUAAACUGCAAGAGGAGAACACGAAACGUCUGUAAUGACAGCAGAGUCAAGUGAAUUAAGUGAAUAAACACAAGCGGCAUUGCGCAGCUGAUAGCAAGAGAGGCAGAUAGAUCCGAGAAGAGAAGAGAGGAAAAAGAGAUAUCCAGUCGGACUAACUAGUUGGGUUGCCCCGAAAGCGUGGACAAGGCUGUAAACCAGAUAAAACAUGGCGGAUGCUGACCUGGACUUCACAACAGGCGAUGCUGGUGCCUCUGCUACCUACCCCAUGCAAUGCUCUGCCCUGCGCAAAAAUGGUUUUGUGGUGCUAAAAGGUCGACCAUGCAAGAUUGUGGAAAUGUCCACAUCUAAGACUGGCAAACAUGGACACGCCAAGGUUCACAUGGUGGGCAUUGACAUCUUCUCUGGCAAAAAGUAUGAGGAUAUCUGUCCCUCAACCCACAAUAUGGAUGUCCCUAACAUCAAAAGAAUGGACUACCAGCUUAUUGGCAUACAGGAUGGCUACCUGUCUCUGCUCCAGGACAGCGGUGAGGUCAGAGAAGACCUAAAAAUGCCAGAAGGAGACCUGGGCAAAGAAAUAGAAAGCAAGUUUGAUGCCGGUGAGGAAAUCCUGAUCACUGUCCUGUCUGCUAUGAAUGAGGAGGCUGCAGUAGCCAUCAAAGCCAUGGCUAAAUAAAACACAGCAGGGGAUGACAAGAUGCAUUGGACCUGGAUAUGAGAGAAUUAGACCUCAGCAAUGCUAUUCUCCCUCCUUUUUUCCGUUCUCAUUCUUUAUUUCUCUCUCUCUCUCUCUCUUUCUUUUUUCUUUAUUAACCCAUGUUUGAGUUCAAAACUAGAAAAUAAAUUUAAUAAUCAAAAUGUUCCAAACAAAAUAACAUUUUUCAGAAACAAAAGGUACAUAAGAAAUAAAUAACAGAAAUGGACAUUAUGAACAGUGGACAGAAGUACCAUAGUGAUGGACGGCUGGGGUGGGAAAAGGUUUUAUUUGUAUUUAUUUAUUUAUUUUUGGGGAGGGGAGGGCACCUCAUAACUGUCCAUGAGUGUGUCUGUUUUAAUUUUAAGAUAACUAGACACCCCUCAUAUGUUAUUUGUUUGCCAAUUUAAAUCACAAUGGUAAAUAGCUAUAAGAGGUCUGUUAUGUGGUUAAUUUUAUUUAUGAGCAAUUAUAGUGCAGAGGGAGGAAAAAAAAAAAAAAAAAAAAAAAACUCAAGUGCAGAAUCUCCUGUAAAGGACAGAUACAAAGGCAAUGACAUGAGUAAUAGGAUGCAGUUUUGUGUCUUCACUACAGGACCAAGUGCUCUGCUUAACUUCCCUUUUAUCUUUCAGUAGCUUAAAGCAAAAGACCCUUGGGCAGGGGGUGACAAUAUCACACAACUUGGUGUAAGGAUGAUGCAGUAAGACUUUGGAUCACUUUUUGCUCCUCCCCCUCUCUCCCCACACGCCUUCUCCCCUGAUGAGACUGAUAACACAGGGGAUGCCAGCAUUACCAUUUUAUCAAAAUUUCCCAAGUUUUGGCUGUUUGAGUAUGCUCUGAAGUGUAAGGAGGUUCCAUUAGCCUUAUCUUUCGUUGAAAUAAACAGACACAUACUUCUGCCUAUAAUAUACUCAGUCUUGACCUGUAGUGCUUUGCUUAAUGCUUGCUGUUCAUGUUUGAAGGACAAACGAGAAAGUACCCCAACUCCUGUCUUUUAAGUUUGAGGUUUGAUGAAAUUUUGAAAAAAUGGUACUUCUCCCCUUUAAAAUCAGUUGUAUCCUAUGCAGGUCUGAAUUGACAGUCAUGCACAUUACCCUUGACUUGACUACAGUAAGUUAAGUUUUUGUUUGUUCCAAUACUGUUAUUAAGACAAAAAUAAAUACAAAUUUGUUUUCUAACAAGACAACCCAACCAAUAUUAAAAAGAGCACAUAUAAAUCA